UAAGAAGAGACCCAUGGAGUCCACGGCUGGCUCUGCUCUGCUCUGAAGACCUUGUCUUCUGAAGUUCUUCUGUGGAUCUUCCCUGUAUGCUCAACAUAACUGAGGUUCAGAAUCUGAAUGGUAAUAAGCUAAAAGAAAAAAGGAAAGUAUUUGUUGACUCUGUGUCUGAAGACACAAUUUAUAAUCUGCUGGAUGAUGUAUUAAGUGAAAGAGUGCUGAACCAAGAAGAAGUUGAAAUGGUAAAAAACAAAAAUGCUUCAACUAAAGCCAAGGCCCGUGAUUUGAUUGACUUUGUGAUUCAGAAAGGGUCCCGUGCUAGCCAAAUAUUUAUUGAUUAUAUCUGCAAGAGAGAUUCCAUCCUUGCCAACAAGUUAGGAUUUUCUUUAGAAACUCCUGCUACAGGAACAGGGCCAGCCUCUGAAGAAUACACAGGCAAACUCAAGCUAUGUCCUCGUGAAAAAUUCCUGGAACUACGCACAAAGGAGGCUGGGAAGAUCUAUGAAAUAAAAGAGAAAGGGGAUCGCACUCGUCUGGCCCUCAUCAUCUGUAACACAGAGUUUGACCAUCUCCCAAGGCGCAAUGGGUCCAACCAUGAUAUCACAGGGAUGAAGGGACUCCUUGAGGAUCUGGGCUACAGUGUGGAUGUGGAAGAGAAUCUCACAGCCAGGGCCAUGGAGUUAGUGCUAAGAAAAUUUGCAGCUCGUCCGGAGCACAAGACCUCAGACAGUUCUUUCUUUGUGUGCAUGUCCCAUGGCAUCCUAGAAGGAAUCUGUGGGAUUAAUCAUAGUGAUGAAAAUCCAGAUGUGCUACCUUAUGACCCCAUAUUCCAGAUUUUGAACAACCGUAACUGCCCCCAUCUAAAGGACAAACCUAAAGUCAUCAUCAUCCAGGCCUGCAGAGGUGGAAGCAGUGGAGAGGUUUGGGUCAGUGAUUCUCCACUGGCCUCAGUGGACAAUCCUUCACUGUUUCCAGAGAAUCUAAUCCAUGAUGGUGUAUCCAAGGCUCACGUAGAAAAGGACUUUGUUGCUUUCUGCUCUUCAACACCACAUAAUGUUUCCUGGAGAAGUCCAAAUGGUUCUUUAUUCAUCACACGACUCAUAAAGUAUGUCCAAACAGAUUCUUGGUGUCAUCACCUGACAGAAGUAUUUCUUAUGGGCUGCCAUUCAAAUUCCCACAAACUGAAGGCUAGAGUCUGAAGUCACGAUUCAUGAAAGGAAAUGGACUUUGGAGGAAAGCAAUUGAAGUACCCUUGCACUCACAGACUCUGCUAUUGAAAAAGAGACAGCCACUCUGAGCUUUACUACGGAUCUUUAAAACUGGAAUACUAAUAACAAUUUCCCAACAUUAUGAAUGGAUCAAAGAACCUAUCUUAGCACCUAGAAUACGGAAAUGACUCAGCACACUAGUUACCUUCUCUCUCCUCAGAAACCAUCCCUCUACAGUUGCGGAUCUUGUCCUGCUAUCCUAGAGCAGCCUCCCUGCUGGCUCCAGAUCAUAUAUGAACACUUACCAUCUGAUAUCCUGUGGCACUUUCAUCUCUGUCAUCUUUCCUUGUCAUUGUAAUUUUUCUCUACACUUACACUUUAACCCCCCCAAAUUAUAUAUAAUUCCAUAAAAAUAGGGGCAUAGUCUUAAGCUUUGCUAACAUACUACCUAUUUCACAGAGUCGUAGCAGUUGAAGAAUUGGAUGCCACAUGGAGUUAGUGUUUGGUGAGAACAACUGGUUUCUCAUCCAAGUUCUGCAAUUUUUUCAUGCUAAGCCUUUGGACCAAUGCUAAUCUGGUCUUAUUAAUACAGGGGGGUUAAUUAUCAUUUAGCCUCUGUAACAUACACAGAUGUCAUGACAACCAAUUUAAUAAGCCAUUUGAAAUACUUAGAAGCAUUUCACAAAGAAGUAUAUUUUGGGGCCAGCCCUGUGGCCUGGUGGAUAAGGGAGCCAGAUCCUACAUGGCUGACCACACAAUUCAAAUCCCAACCCUGAUGGCUUAAAAUACCAUGCCAGGUGCAUGUAUAUGUGUGCUCAGUAUCCUGACAAGAUGGAGAAAUGGAGGAGAAUAGAUUGUGGCAUGUAUCACUGAAAUAAUUAAUCCUUAUUUUCUAGUGCGAAAUAUGUUAAAAAUAGUAUCUGUUAAUGUGUGCUUACUAUAUGCCAGGCAAUAGUCUAUGAAGUUUUCACAUAUGUAAUGCUCAAAACUGGGCAAAUUUGUACUGUUAAUAAAAUUACUGGGGACAGCAGAUGAUGUAGUGGUUAUGCCACUGGACUCCCACAUGGCCAACCGUGGAUUGAGUUCCAGACCCAAGUGGCUUGA